AGCACAACCCCCGUCCGCCGAUCGAGUCCUCGAACCCUCAUCGCGCACGUAUAAACCGGGGCAACCGGCCAGCCACAGACACAGCACAACCCCCGUCCGCCGAUCGAGUCCUCGAACCCUCGUCGCGCACGUAUAAACCGGGGCAACCGGGGACGCGGACCUCUUCAUCUCCGUUCCCGUCGCCGGCGACGCUGGUCUCUAGGUGUCAGGCCGCGCGAGCCCUAGCAUAGCAGCUGUAGUAGUGCUAGACUGCUAGUAGUUUAGCAGGGCGCUCCGCGCGUCAGUUCCACCAGAAACAGAAAGGCAAAUUCGGCUUCGCUUUUACGCCCGCUUGAUUUGCCUCUUCCACCCUCUUCCACCAGAAGGCGGGCGGCCGAGCGACCAAAAGUCAAAAGGAGGAUUGGCCCACGGCCACGGCCGAGAGCGGCAGGCGGGCAGGGUGAGGUGAGGAGAGGCCAUCAGGGCCGAGAGACCAUGGCACAGCAUAUAUACGCCACCGGCUGCGGCCGCUGCGGGUGCGCCCGCCCCAUCAUCCGGACACUACUGCCCGCGCUGACCCACCAUCUCGCCUCCUCGUCUCUGUUGCGGCGCCGGAAGGCUCCCAUGGGCGCCAGCGAUCACCUGGGCCUGGCGGCGGUGGCCGCCGCCAAGCCGCGGAAUGGCAGGACGUGCAUGGCCGUGCUGGGCGAGCCACUGCCGGCUCUUGACGACCCCGGCAUCCUCGUCCACCCCAGCGCCGACUUCGCCGCCCAGGCGCUCGUCUCGUCCACGAAACAGUACCGAGAUAUGUACCAAAAGUCGAUCGACGACCCAGCUGGUUUCUGGUCAGAAAUCGCAGAUGAGUUCUACUGGAAGCAGAAGUGGAGCCCUGAUAAUGUUUGCGCUGAGAACCUUGACGUGACCAAGGGGCCGAUCAUGAUUGAAUGGUUUAAGGGGGGAAAGACCAACAUAUGCUACAAUGCAGUGGACCGCAAUGUGGAGGCAGGGAAUGGGGACAAGAUCGCCAUGUACUGGGAGGGGAAUGAGCCCAGUCAGGAUGGGAAGCUCACCUACUCUGAACUGCUGGAAAAGGUUUGCCAGCUGUCAAAUUACUUGAAAAGCGUCGGCGUACGAAAAGGUGAUGCCGUGGUGAUCUACCUACCAAUGUUGAUGGAGCUGCCGAUUGCAAUGCUUGCUUGUGCCCGCAUUGGUGCUGUUCACUCGGUUGUGUUUGCUGGCUUCUCAGCAGAUGCACUGGCCCAACGAGUCAUUGAUUGCAAGCCUAAGGUUGUUAUUACCUGCAAUGCUGUGAAAAGGGGGAUGAAAAUCAUCCAUCUCAAAGAUAUAGUAGAUGCAUCUCUGGAUCAAAGUGCAAAGAAUGGAGUUGAUGUAGGCAUUUGCUUGACAUAUGAAAAUCAGUCCGCUCUGAAUAAAGUAGACACUCGAUGGAAAACAGGAAGAGAUGUCUGGUGGCAGGAUGUUGUGCCUGAUUUCCCAACUAAAUGCGAUGUGGAAUGGGUUGAUGCAGAGGAUCCACUGUUUCUUUUGUACACAAGUGGCAGCACAGGAAAGCCAAAGGGUGUGUUGCAUACAACUGGGGGAUAUAUGGUCUACUCUGCUACAACAUUUAAGCAUGCAUUUGACUACAAACCAACAGACAUAUACUGGUGCACUGCAGAUUGUGGCUGGAUUACUGGACAUAGUUAUGUGACAUAUGGUCCACUAUUGAAUGGAGCCACAGUUCUUGUUUUCGAAGGGGCCCCAAAUUACCCUGAUCCUGGCCGCUGUUGGGACAUUGUUGAUAAAUAUGGAGUGACAAUAUUUUAUACAGCACCAACACUUAUACGCUCACUUAUGCGUGAUGGUACUGAGUAUGUUGCUCGGUACUCUCGCAAGUCUCUCCGAGUACUUGGAAGUGUGGGUGAGCCAAUCAACCCCACCGCAUGGAGGUGGUUGUAUGAUGUUAUUGGUGACUCACGAUGCCCCAUAUCAGAUACUUGGUGGCAGACUGAAACCGGGGGAUUCAUGAUCACUCCUUUACCUGGUGCUUGGCCUCAAAAGCCAGGAUCAGCAACGUUUCCUUUCUUCGGUGUGCAGCCAGUCAUUGUUGACGAGAAAGGUCGGGAAAUGGAAGGAGAAUGCAGUGGAUAUCUUUGCAUAAAGAAAUCAUGGCCUGGGGCUUUCCGGACUCUGUAUGGAGAUAAAGAGAGAUAUGAGACGACAUACUUCAAACCAUUUGCUGGAUAUUAUUUCUCGGGCGAUGGCUGCAGCAGGGAUAAAGAUGGCUACCACUGGCUGACUGGAAGAGUUGAUGAUGUUAUCAAUGUUAGUGGACACCGGAUUGGGACAGCGGAAGUUGAGUCUGCUCUGGUUUCACAUCCAAAAUGUGCUGAGGCUGCUGUUGUUGGUAUUGAUCAUGAGGUUAAAGGCCAGGGAAUAUAUGCUUUUGUGACUUUGGUGGAUGGUGUUCCCUACAGCGAUGAUCUACGGAAAAGCCUCGUUACGACGGUCCGCAGUCAGAUUGGUGCGUUUGCUGCUCCUGACAAGAUCCAUUGGGCACCUGGGCUCCCUAAGACACGAAGUGGGAAGAUCAUGCGAAGAAUCUUAAGAAAAAUCGCAUCCAGGCAACUAGAUGAGCUCGGCGACACGAGCACGCUUGCUGACCCUGGUGUUGUGGACCAGCUGAUUGCACUCAGUGACAGCUAAUCUAUCGGCUAUGUGGGAGGGGGUGAGACAUGAUCACUGCCUGCACUAUACUUAUGCAAAAUUCAGCUUUAUGAUGCGAGGUCUGUUGGGCCCAGCGUUCUCUUAAUUGCUUCGGUGUCAUGGGGAUGCCAACAAAAGAGAGAUGCUGCGAACUUGGGGAGAUGCGGACAUAUGCGGGGUGCGUCUGUAAAUUGUUGGAUCGCAGUCACUGAUAGUUAUUGUACAUUGGUAAAUAAGGAGAUGAAGUGUAUAUGCGAGUUUUGGCUAAAAUGUUUAAUGAUAGAUCUCGCAUUUUAUGGUUACGUACAGGAUUCAGCCAUGGACAUUGAAGGACAACGUGUUUACUACA